UUGACACAGUUUCAGUAAGAAGCAGCUCGAGGAGGUUUGAAUUAGCGGCGCGGGGGAGCGCGUGGAGAAGCGGCUGGACCCUACAGUGUCUCGUGCCCAGCUAGGGCGCGCGCUCACACACACACACACCGUGCGCAGCACAAUGCACCACAUUGGACGCCACAAGUUUUUAUCCACGCAAUGAAUCCUGCGAACGAAACCAGAGCGGAGAGAACUACAGAACAUUAUAUUUUUACAGCUGCCACCUACAAACUUCUCGCUUUUACUAUCGGGACCAUUGGAGUUUUCGGCUUUUGUAACAACGUCGUUGUCAUCAUACUCUACUGUAAAUUCAAGAGACUAAGGACGCCCACCAAUUUGCUACUGGUCAACAUAAGUUUGAGUGAUUUGCUGGUUUCUGUCAUCGGAAUAAACUUUACGUUUGCUUCGUGCGUCAGAGGCGGGUGGACUUGGAGCCAUGCGACAUGCAUCUGGGACGGCUUCAGCAACAGCUUAUUUGGCAUCGUUUCCAUCAUGACUUUGUCAGCCCUGGCCUAUGAGCGCUACAUCCGAGUGGUCCAUGCCCAGGUGGUGGACUUUCCCUGGGUGUGGCGGGCCAUUGCCCACAUUUGGCUGUACUCCCUGGCCUGGACAGGCGCUCCUCUGCUGGGGUGGAACCGCUACACGCUGGAGAUCCACCAGCUGGGCUGCUCCCUGGACUGGGCAUCUAAAGACCCCAAUGAUGCCUCCUUCAUCCUCUUCUUCCUCCUGGCCUGUUUCUUUGUGCCUGUGGGCAUCAUGAUCUACUGCUACGGGAACAUCCUCUACGCAGUGCAAAUGCUGCGCUCCAUCCAGGACCUCCAGACGGUUCAGAUCAUCAAGAUCUUGCGGUACGAGAAGAAGGUGGCCGCUAUGUUUUUGCUGAUGAUCUCCUGCUUCCUGGUGUGCUGGACGCCCUACGCCGUUGUGUCCAUGUUGGAGGCCUUCGGCAGGAAGAACUUGGUCUCUCCCACACUGGCCAUCAUCCCCUCCUUCUUUGCCAAGUCCAGCACCGCCUACAACCCCCUCAUCUAUGUGUUCAUGAGCAGAAAGUUCCGCCGCUGUUUGCUGCAGCUGAUCUGUUCGCGGCACACCUGGCUGCGGCGCGGCCUCAAGGAGCGGCCCCUGGCUCCGGUCCAGCGGCCCAUCCGACCCAUCGUCAUGUCCGGGUCGUGCAGCAGCAGGCACCGGCCCAAGAAGAGGGUGACUUUCAGCUCCUCCUCCAUCGUCUUCAUCAUCACCAGCAAUGACUUCCACCACCUGGAUGUCACCUCCAAAGAGAGUGAAUCCACAGAGGUUAAUGUCAUUCAAGUGAGGCCGUUGUGAUCCACAGGGACUGGACUUCUCAUAGCACCACUCAGUAUGCCUUAGGACAAUUAACAUGCAAAGCCAAAAUGAUCCUGUCUGACCUCCCUGGACAUUUCUGCAUCGACACAGUUACAGACUUAGUUACAACUAAUUGUAAAUAUCCAACUGUCAGCCCAAGAUCUCAGUCAAACAUAUAUAUAUGUGUACACUAUGACAGUGUUUUGUCUAAGCGGGUAGUAUGAACGUGUGACAUCAUCAUCUCAGGGGCGGAGCGAGAGGGUGGCUUCUGGGGCUCCAGCCCCGAAUGUUUUCUCAAAAGCCCAAAAUCUUUCAGGGUUUUAAAAUGACUAACUUUUUGUCAUUUACCCUCAGUCUCUCUGACUGGACUGGCAAAUCAAUGGAGCAAAAGUUAUAUUACUGGGGAAAUAUCCCCAUUCUGUUAACUCUACUAAAAGAGAUCAGAAAUUGAAGCCAAUUUUAGGUGGCAGGAGUGAAAAUUAGUCAUCCUCAACAUGUGUUCUGGUUUCAGAAUGAUGACAGUUGGAGAACAAUUAGAUACAAAACAGGAUGUAGGCUCUACAGGAUG